GGGAGAGGUUCGGGCUUUGCCUUCUCUUGGCCUCAGCACUAAGCCACUUAGACCCCUUCUGUGCUUCCCUCUGGGCAGUGAGGCCCUUCCUGCCAGGUUCCAGGCUUGCUUAGCCUCUGUCUCUAAGUUUCAACUCUUAUCCUCUUUCCAAGCUCAGAGCUGCUUCCCCUGUCCCCCUUUAUUCCCAGCCAUGGAUUCCAUUCAUCCUCACAGGGAGGGCUGAAUUCCCAGGAAGACUUGAGGGGUCCCCUCGGUGCGAGGUGGCCAAGUUCGUCUCUUGAAGAUGUUUCGUGCCACAGAGGGUUAGGGUUCGGUGGGACCAUUGGGCACUGCCAGGUGCUAUUUUCCUUCCCUGAUUAGAAGGUACACCAGGCGUGCAACCAACCUGGGGUUGCGCUUGGGUGAAUACAGUGCACUUAGCAGGUGCAGAGGUACAGCCAGCAGGGCUGGGAUACAGGGGCAUGGUAUUCCAUUUUCUUGAGGGGGUAGGCAGACUCAAGCUGAGCUUGAGUAACUGAUGAUUUGGAGAUCUAAAGGAGGGGUGGCUUCCCAGCUGUUUGAAAGUUGUUCCAGCUGUUGGGAAUGGCAUGGCAGUAUGCACAGACUUAGAAAAGGAGGAGAGGAGAGGAGAAUACAGACAAGAGGGGCGUGAGUGGAGAGACUUAUGGAUGAGGACGCCACAGAGCAAUGGGGAAGGGACCCACACUUUGGUGAGGGGUCACCAUGAGUCCCAGGUUGAGCUCCAGCACUUGCUUACCAGCUGUGUGAUAAUUUACUUAGUUUCUUUGAGCCUCCUUUGGUCCAUCUGUGAACUGCAGACAGCAAGCCACAGCUCACAGGCUUGUUAUGAGGAUGAGAGUUAAUGAACAUACAUAUGGUGCUUCUAGAGCACCAUAGGCAUUCCAUAAAUGGUGGCUGUUAUAAUAAGCCCAAGUGGAGAGCAACAGGAAGUCAGAUAGUUGACUGAGGAGUAAGAGGGUGUAGUCCACACAGUGAGUAAGGGAGCUGACAUUAACAGUUCUAUGAAAAGACAAUGGCAGAGAGAGAAGGAGAAAACUGGAAUGAGCUGGAGUGGCCUUGACCCAAGUGUGGCCACACAAUACAUAUGGCAGGGUGGAGAAGACAAGGGAAGUGAUGGGUGCUGUGGGGCCACAGGGUGGAGGCAGGGGAGAGAAACAGAAGAGGGAGAAGGCUACAGAGGUCUGGCCUGAACCACACCAAACUGAUGAAGGCAGCCUGAGAUUCAGAAAGAAUUCCCAAAGAAAGCCCCUUGUCCUUUCCCAGCCACAGACUGCUUGUGAACUGGGGGAGGAAGUGUGGAGUCUGGGGCUGAAUAUAACCUCCUCCAGUCCAGCCGGGGCCCUCCUCCAGAACAAAAAAAAAAAAAAAACAACAACACCAGGAUUUCCUGUAGUUGGAAAGAGGGACAGGGAAGAGGUGGGGGCAGAAAGAGAGAGAGACACACUCGAUGAACGUGUGUGCUGUGCACACUUGCAUGUGCGUGUGUGCGCGCAUGCCCACACAUGCAAACACAUGUGGGAAGGAGUGGAAGUUUUGAGUUGUGGGCCUGGUCUCAGUCAGAAUGCUGGCCAUCAAAGGCGGUGCGAUGUACAAAGGCUUUGAGGUCAGGAGAAAAUAAAUUUGAAACUUGACUCUACCAUUGAGCAGAGCUGCCUUUGAGGCAAGUUGUUUAACCUCUCUGAACCUCAACUUCCUUGUCUGAAAAAUGGGGAUAAUAUUACAGGACUGUUGUAGGGACCGAGUGUGAUCUCCUGAUUUUGAACUGUGCUCGAAUGCCUGGGCAAAUCUGAAUCCGAGGACAAGGCCAGGGCCUGACAUAGCCGGAGAAGUCUUGUCCAGUUAAACAUGAGAGCAAAACACUCCUGGAGCCACACAGAGCUUAUCAAUGCCUGGACUUUAACCCAAAGUCACAAAAACGGUUUGGAUUUCAAAAUCAGGUCACUCCCCUGGAUGUUUUAAAAUGAAACCCUUGAGAUAAGGGAUAAGCGCUGCAUCCAAAAGGGAGAGCAAAAUUGAGAUCCCAGUGCCCACACAAGGGUGCUUAGGGGCCCCCAAAUGGAGCUCCUGGCUAUGCCCCAGAGAGUGCAAGAAGAGGAGAGGUGGAGAGCUACAAGAACCUAGAAACCCAGGAAAGGCCAGGCUGACUGAGGAGCAGAGAGGAGAGAACAGCUGGCAUUUGCUUUGGAGUUGGAGGAGGCAGCUCAAGAAAGGUGUGAAUGAGGCAGGAUGAACUGGACAGGUUUGUACACCUUGCUCAGUGGCGUGAACCGGCAUUCGACUGCCAUUGGUCGGGUAUGGCUCUCGGUCAUCUUCAUCUUCAGGAUCAUGGUGCUGGUGGUGGCUGCAGAGAGUGUGUGGGGUGAUGAGAAGUCCUCCUUCAUCUGCAACACCCUUCAGCCCGGCUGCAACAGCGUCUGCUACGACCACUUUUUCCCCAUCUCCCACGUGCGGCUGUGGUCUCUGCAGCUGAUCCUGGUCUCCACCCCAGCUCUUCUCGUAGCCAUGCACGUGGCUCACCAGCAGCACAUAGAAAAGAAAAUGCUGCGACUCGAGGGUCACGGGGACCCCCUCCACCUGGAGGAGGUGAAGAGGCACAAGGUCCACAUCUCAGGGACACUGUGGUGGACCUAUGUCAUCAGCGUGGUCUUCCGGCUGAUGUUCGAGGCCGCCUUCAUGUAUGUCUUUUAUCUGCUCUACCCGGGCUACGCCAUGGUGCGGCUUGUCAAGUGUGAGGCCUACCCCUGCCCCAACACUGUGGACUGCUUCGUGUCCCGCCCCACUGAGAAAACCGUCUUCACUGUCUUUAUGCUGGCCGCCUCUGGCAUCUGCAUCAUCCUCAACGUGGCCGAGGUGGUGUACCUCAUCAUCCGGGCCUGCGCCCGCCGAGCCCAACGCCGCUCCAAUCCACCCUCACGCAAGGGCUCAGGCUUCGGCCACCGCCUGUCACCUGAGUACAAGCAGAACGAGAUCAACAAGCUGCUGAGUGAGCAGGACGGCUCCCUGAAAGACAUACUGCGCCGCAGCCCAGGCACCGGGGCUGGGCUGGCUGAGAAGAGCGACCGCUGCUCGGCCUGCUGAUGCCACGCACCAGGCAACCGCCCAUCCCGCCCCCCCAACCCUGCCCUGGGCCUACCCCUUCUUCUCCCCUGCCGGCGUGCAGGCCUCUGCCUGCUAGGGACUGCUCCAUCAACAUCUUCCUGCCCUGCCAUCUCCCUUCCUCCCAGGGCCUUCCGUCUGAGGGGCCGAACAGGCUGGGAGCUGGAGACCACCCACGGCCAGUGCUCAAGGUUGUGGGGGUGUGGGCAGCUCUUCUUGUCCGUCCCCCUUUUUGCCUUCCCUCUCCCUCUCCCUGGGGCCGCUGGGGACAAGAGAUAGGAUGCUCUGACAGCAUCUCCUAUUGUGAAACUAAUCUUAACCCCGUGUUGUCAGAUACCCUAUUUCUGGAGUCACAUCAGUGGGGAGGGACGUGGGCAAAGUGGAAUGGAAGGAGGGUGCCGUGGACAUGUGGGUGGAGAAGGGAGGGUAGUGCCCGCGAGGGAAGGAGGAACAGCACUUGCCGGCCACAAGGAAAAGCAGGACACAUCUGGGGUGGAGGAAUUAGGGGAGGGAGACGCAGGCAGAUAAGUUGGAGUGGGGGUUCGUCAGGGCCACCUUUGCCUCUGGUUCUCAAGGCCUCUCUCUGCCUGAAAUGUUACACAUUAAACAGGAUUUUACAGUAAAUGAA